UACAGUCUGUGACCAAGUGUUUCAAACUAGCCCCCCCUCCGCCCCCCAGCGCCCCCGCCCAGAGACCUCCUGGCGCCUCCCCCUCCGCCCACAACAUCAGCAGCGCCGCGGUAACGGACCGCACCAACUUCAGCCGGGGGGUGGGGGUCCGCAGCACCUUCCACGCCGGCCAGCAGCGCGGCGCCCGAGACCAGCACGGCUCCGCCCCCUACAGCGGAGGCCCCGCCUCCCCCUCCCUGUCGCACGGCAACAGCCAGGCCAGGAGGCCCGGAACCUCCGGCAUCUUCAGCAAGUUCACCUCCAAGUUUGUACGCAGGAAUCUGUCCCUCAGGUUUCCCAGAAGCCCGUAUGAGGGAGAGGGUCGGGAUGAGGGCAGCAGAUCCAUGCUCAGCAGCACCGUCGACAAGUCGGACAAGACCAGCCUAAGCUCCUCCCCCUCCGGCGGCGGGGGCGUCGACGAAAACAAAGACUCCUCCCCCUCGCCCGUCACCUCGUGCUCGCCCGGCGCCCCUCCCCCCGCCGCCCCCGCCUCCUCCAAGCCCCGCUCGCUGCGCUUCACCUGGAGCAUGAAGACCACGUCCUCCAUGGAGCCCGGAGAGAUGAUGAAGGAGAUCCGGAAGGUUCUGGACUCCAACAGCUGCGAGUACGAGCUCCGCGAGCGCUACAUGCUCCUGUGCAUGAGCGGGAACCCCACCCAGGACGACUUCGUCCAGUGGGAGAUGGAGGUGUGCAAGCUGCCGCGCCUGUCGCUGAACGGCGUGCGCUUCAAGAGGAUCUCGGGGACCUCCAUCGCCUUCAAGAACAUCGCCUCCAAGGUGGCCAACGAGCUGAAACUGUGAGGGAGGGGGAAGGGGAGGGGGGGGUGGAUUGAGGUUCAGGGGUGAAGGGAGGAGUGGAAGGAGAAGGAAUCAAUGAAUGAUCAUGUUGGUGGUGAGGAGGAGGAAGAGAAUGAUGAAGAUGAAGCAGUUUUCUAAAGAUCUGGGGAAGGGGCUGUUCAGGGACUGGGGGGGCUACGGGAGGAGAGAGGAUGUUCCAGAAGUCGAAGCUCUCUCUUUCUCUCUCUGGGGUUCCGAGGUUCUGCCGAGGAGGUUCUUUGACACGUUCUCCAGCUAAAGACCUGGGUUCUGCGCCGGAGUGUGUUCCCCCGGCCCUGGUUCUGUUCCUUAGACUCUACUAUUAUGGGGGAGGGAGAGAAGGAGAGAGGGAGGGAAUGAUGGCCUGAGAGAGACAGCUGAACUGAAGGGAUGGUUUGGAACAGCACUGGAUUCUAGAACCCUUCUUAGAACCCUCUCCCCCAAUUGAACCGGAACACAAGCUACUCCCCCUUUCCCCUCCAUCUCUCUCACACACUCCCUCCCUCAUCUGGAGUUUCAGAUUAAACUGAUUUUUUAAACUGUAAUCCGACCACUCGCUCAGCGACUAGGGAACACACACACACACACCUCCCUCUCUCUGUGCUCCCAGAGGGAACACUCUUCCUUUUAACUUUAGUUCUUUUUAUUUUCAUGUGGAUGAAAUCACUCCUCCAGUUGAUUCAAGAACAGGCCAGAUUGGUUAAUUGAAAGAUGAACUGAUUGAGAGACUGGUUAACUGAUUGGCUGGUCAGGAGAGAGACUGGCCUCUGGGGGGGGGGGUUCUUCUGGUCGUUUAUCUUCGGGUAGAAAAUAGCUGUGCACUGGAACGGGGGGGUACGGGGCCUGUUUAUGUUGCCUUUCUCUGAAGAAACAUGUAAUGUAGUUAUUAAUAUUAUUGUUAUUAUUAUUAUUGUUUAUUUUUAUUGCUGUUGUGUCACCUUACGAAUGAUCAACAUUUACGUUUAUUGAUUAAAAUAAACACUUUGAUUUUAUGUUUUUCACUCUUCUCCUCCCCCCCCCCCCCAUCAUGUCUUGUUCUGGGGGUGGGGGGGUUCGAAUCCAUGCCCUGGAAUGUAGAAUGUUGAACCAGAACACAGACCCAAAGUUCUCUGGGUUCUAAACAGAACCAGUUACCAAGACAACAGAAAGACUCCAGGCUGGGCUGUUGUCAAGUUUAUAUAAUUAAAAAAACAUAAAUCUUUUAAAAAAAUGUGUUAUAGUAAAACUGAUCACUGGAAAUGACAGUAGAGCCAAAAGCUUAGCACACUUUGAGUCGACAGAUUUCCAUAUCAACUCCCCCCCCCUCCCCCUAUGAGUUGCCAACAGUAGAGUGAGAGGGGAGGAUGAGAGGGAGAGGAACACUGCAUCCCCUUGAAGACAAAGCCAAAACUCAUGUCCUCAAAAAGUGUGUGUGUGUGUGCAAGACAAGGUGUCUGUGUGUGUGCAAGACGUGUGUGUGUAUGUGUGUACGCAAGAUGGGGGAAAGAAAUUGACGUUUCAAGUGUUCAUUUUACACAUCAGAUGCAUGCUUCCUCCCUCCUCUCUCCCUCCUCUCCUCCCUCUCCUCUCCUCCCUCUCCUACCCUUUCCUUUCUCAUUUUGAUUGCGUUGGUAUGGGGGAGGUGAGGGGGAGAUGGGUGAGGUGAGUAAACACCUACAAACAUGCUGUCACCUGCACACUUGAUUGCUAUGGUGUCAUGUUUUCAGUUUGUAUAAUGUCAUAACUUUGUGUUUAUACACGUUUGGAUCAUUGUUUUAAGGUGCUGGGUAAAUGAAGAUUAUUGCUGUUUUAUUAUAUUUCAGGUUUGUUUUCUUAGCUGCAAAUUGGACGAUUUAGGUGUGAAUGAGGGGAGAACCCCCAAAUGUAUUUUUUUUGUGCCGAGAUUAAAUGAUAAAUGAAAUUACAAUGGUGAUAUAAAAAAAACAAACAUUAAAUUGUUAACUGGUUGAAUUUAGACCAGGUUGAUGGA